UAUUUAAGAUAAACACUCAAUUGAUAAAAUUAUAUUUUCUGUACAUCUGCAGAUUUUGGAGAAGAAGGUGCUCGGUCUGUAAACGAUGUUGCGGUGAUACUGCGGAAUUUUUACUGCGUAAAGACGAAGAUCCGCGUGUCACACCCAUAACAUCCGCUAUAGAAAUAAUGAAGCACGAUGUAACGACCAGUUUGAGCGACGUAAGAGUGCCACGCGAAUUGGAGGACAUUGCGACGCCCGAUCACUCUUACCGUAAAAUCGAAUACCCCCAACGACGGGAGUACAUCGAUCGUCCCACCUGUGUGCCAUCGAUAUGUAAUCUCGGCGUAGCGCAAAUUCAGACAGAACCGAAUAAAGUCUCCGUCGUGGAGAGUCAAACACCAAAUACGAUCACGAAAGAGACACCGAUGCAGACGUUGAGCAAAUGCGAAUUCUGCUAUCAGCAAUUGAACUGCUUCCAUUCGCCUUCCGUCAAUGGAGGAUCUACAUCUACUCCGCAAUUCCAAAACUUACAACCGACGUAUCCCGCGAUCGUGCAGUUCAUUCGCGGAGAAGUCGGCAUGCCGUGUUGUCCCGGAUGCACAUGCGGAACGCAGCAGCGACGGCAUAAUCAUCAUCACCAAUCACAGCAAUUAACACCAAAGCGGCUGACGUUGGAACAAAAUCCGAGCAGAGCAUUGACGAGUGAGACAACACAGCAGGUUGCGAAUCCUGCGUACAAAAGCACCGAAAAGAAACUGACAGAAGCAUCAGAAACCGUCACGGAACACACCCCAACUUCUCACGUGAAAUCGGACAAGAAACCUCAAGCUUUAUCAGACGCCACUAUUUCCAAACGAAAAGUCCAUAUAACAGAGAUGAAAAGAGACGUAAAACCAGCAAACGCGAACGUUGACCAGGAAUUCGAUGAGAAAAAUGAAAGAACGUACGAAGAGAGCGUUAAAAGGGAGGGAGAAGAUUUGAUUGAUGAAAUUGAACGAGACAGCGACAAAAUCGAAAGAAGUAAAGGCGGAGGAGAGCACGGAGUUACAAUUUACCAACAGUUUAUGUGCGUGGCACAAGAGAAUAUAGAGGAGUCGACGAGACACAAUGUAGCUACACAAAUGAGCACAAUGCUGAUUACGCCAGUGAACAGCAGAACAAAACCUAGGACAUUCUUGCACUUAAAGCUGAACAAAGUGGACCCCGUCAAAGACACAAAUGUAGCCGACGAAAAUCUUCAUAAAAGGAUAACAUCGAGGACGACGAAUGUGACACAAGCUGCUCAAACAGUACAAUACGUGAAACUUACUGAAUCAUCGAAUCCUAUUGAACAUGAAGACAUCGAUUAUUCGCUUUGCAAGCAACACAACAAGACUUUUCAGAGUUUGAAACCAAUUUCGGACAAUUCCAGAUACCACACCGCCUUCAAAGAUAAAAAGGGGAGAUACUUCUGCGAAUUUUGCGCCCCAUUAGAAAGUAAAAAGAUAACAAGCAGACUCGAAGGUAUGGAUUGGAAAAAGUUAAAGUGUGCGAAUUGUAAAUUCUUACUUCGCGAACGACGCGUUAAAACUGUAGGGUUAAUUUUGCACAAAUCAUACAAACGUCGAUAUCGUGAUAAACUAUUAAAGUUUAUUCCUUACAAUUAUAGUCAGAUCAAUGAAUAAGUCAAUGAAUAAUAACCUAAUAUUAUUCACUUUAUGCGGAUAUGCUAAAGAAACAGCGGUAUUGAUCACUGUUAUUAACUGUAACUUAAUGUAACAUAAUGCUUUCGGAAGAACAUGAUUCGUACUUUGUACUUGUAUGACAUUUCUUGAAACAUGAUAUUUUCAUCUUGUCGAAUCAUUUACACUGUAAUAUUAUUAUGUAAUACUACUUAUUGUCAUUUCUACCUUCAUGUUCAGUCUUAUUCUUAAAAUAUAGCGUGAUUUCUGAAAGUUUGGCAUAAUUUCUAAUAACGCGUUCUCCAGAGGAUUUCUUAUUUCGAGCACGUAAAGAUAACAAAAAUAUAACAGUAAAAAAAUCUAAGACCUUUAAAAAUUGUGCGAUUAGAAAAUAUUUGUGGAUGGUCAAUCAGGCUUUAUAAAUAAAUAUAAGAACGCUCAACAUAAAACUUAACUAAUCAAUAUAAAUCUGUAAGCUCAUUUCGUAAGCAAGUCGCGAUCAUGUAGAUCGUUAAAAAAUAAAUAUGUGCCAACGAUUUAUACGCGAUUUUAAAAAUGGCAGCAUGACAUACACUUAUUAAAAUAUUAUAAAAUAUAAAAUAAGCAAUGUACCGAGUUUCCGGUAACAUUUACAUAAAAAAAAAUCUUUACGCUUACAUGCAAACACUAACGGCCGAUAGCAACAUUAAUAGAAAUAAAAAAAUUAUAUCCCCGAUUGUCAUAUUAAUGCAUGAAAUAAACGUAAAAAUGUCAUCUUUGGUAUUUGAUGGCCGCCGUUUUCUAAAAUUUGCGUAAGAUGUCAAAAGAAACAAAAGGAAAAAGAAAAAAAGGGGGGGGAAAGGAAUGGAGAAAAACAUCCUUCCCAUUAUGAAAUAUGGCCGUUA